AUGGACGACUUGGAGCUCGAUGCCGUUGGCUACAAGCGAGAGAUGCCCCGGCAGUUCUCGCCGUGGUCGCUGGGGUCGCUGGCCUUUACGCUCACCUGCACCUGGCUCGGCACGGGCUCGUCUUUGGGGAUCGCCCUGACGGAGAGUUCAAGUGCCGGUGCCUUAUGGUCGCUGCCCAUCGCUGGCUGCAUGACAUUGAUUGUGGCCUCCGGGAUGGCAGAGCUGGCUUCAGCUUAUCCUGUUGCGGGAGCCCAGUACUACUGGGCGUACAUGGUCGCCGGUGACGGAUACAAGUGUGUGGCCGCAUUCAUGAACGCGUGGGUCGCCAUCAUAGGCUGGUGGCUCGGGAGUGCCUCGGUCUCCAACUUCAUCUCGUCCAUGAUCCUCGAGAUCGCGAGCAUCUGGUAUCCCGACUACGAGCUUCAGCACUGGCAGCAAUACCUGAUUUACAUUGCACUGAUCUGGCUCGCCGUUGCCAUCAACACCUUUACCUCCCAAUGGAUCCCGCUGUUCAACAAGCUCAUCUUUACGCUCUCUGUCACGACCCUUACUGCCACCAUGCUGUGUCUCUUCAUCGUAGCUCGAAAUCAUCACGCUUCGGCCGAGUGGAUCUUUACCGACACCACCAAUCGAACCGGGUGGCCUAGCGACGGUUUCGCAUUCAUGCUAGCCGUGGGCAACGCUGUUUUCGCCUACUUAGGCAGUGAUUGCGGCGCUCAUCUGUGCGAAGAGAUUCCGAAUCCCGGCAAGAACGUGCCUCGAGUGAUCCUGUACCCUUUGGUAAUGGGCUUACUCACAACCUUUCCAUUCACAUGCAGUCUGAUGUACUCAAUCACCGACUUGCAAGCUGUCCUGAACACGCCGACCGGCAUUCCUCUCCUCGAGAUUUACCUUCAAGACACCGGGUCGAAGGUCGCGGCGUCCAUCUUGCUGGCAGUCUUCGCGUUCUGCUUUUUUGGGUGUCUGACCGCAAGCGCGACGACCUGCUCCCGCACCAUUUGGGCCGUAUCGCGCGAUGGAGUCCUUCCAUGGUCCGGGAUUUGGAUGCGAGUGCACCCGACCUUUAAAAUGCCCGCCAACGCAAUGCUGCUAUCCGGAACGUUCAUGAGUGCCUACGGCGCGAUCUUCCUCGGCUCCACCACCGCCUUCUCCGCCAUGGUCAGCGCGGCCAUCGUCUUCCAACAGACCUCCUGCAUCAUUCCCCAAGCCAUCCUCCUCUACCGCGGCCGCGAUCGCAUCCUUCCCGAACGCUACUUCAACCUCGGUCGUUUCGGCCCGUACAUCAACGCCACGGCCGUGGCCUGGGUCGUGUACCUCGACGUCUUAUAUUGUUUCCCUACCGCCUUGCCCGUGACGCCGCAGAACAUGAGUUUCGUGUCGGUGGUCAGCGUGGGACUCGUGGGAUUUGUUGUGGCGCUGUGGUUCACAACGAAGAGAAAGACGUUCAAGGGCCCGCGGAUCGACUACGAGUUAUUGAAGGCGCGGCGCGAGGCGGCCAUACACUCUAAUCUCGAGGGCUUGGAGAUAGACGAGGUGGAGUCGACUCAUGUCGAAGAGAAGAUGAAGUGUUGA